AUGACGUUCAGCCAGUCUAGCAGUGCCACUCCUGCCCCGCUCGACUCCGCUUGGCCGCCGGCCCACAUUUGGGAAACCAUGGGUGCGGCAGACCGUGCCAGCUGGUUAGGACAGAUACAGAGAGACAGGGCUAGGCGCCUUGAAUUGGAUGUAGCGGAGACCGACCUCCGCCGCAGAAGGCCUCGUGUGGACCUGCAAGAUGACGAUAAUCUCGAGGAAAACCGUGAGCCACUCCCCGAAGUCAAACCACUUAUCGACAUAUUUCCGGGUGUCUCCGCCGCCCUUCUUACUCGCGUCUUUGAGAAGAAGUUGAAGGCGACUGAACUCAUACGCUUCAAAGAGAAGUCAGUCACCGAGGUAGAUCAGGAGGACAGAGUCUUCAAGAUGACCGAGUUGGGAGGUACAGUAGGCUUCAAGAAGGCAGCAGCGUCGCUUAAGGACUGGGGCCCCAACCCUCAAAUAUGGACAACCUGCUUUCUUGCCUAUCUGGCUGUUGUAGGAUAUCUCUUCGGCGAAAAACAUCCUAAAGCAGUUCCCAAUCUACUCAUGUUUAUAAGGCAGAUCCUGGACUUCGCUCAGACUUAUCAGUGGUCGGAAGCAGUCCUCCCACUUGCCCUUAAUUUCCACUAA